AUGUCUCAAGAUGCGGAGGACGGGCCGAUCUUGCAGACGGGUCGGUUCACUCAAGCCCGACCACCAAUGAAUCAGGCAAGUACGGCGUUUUUUAUACACAGUGCUUACAAAAAAGGCUUCAAAAAUAAACUCCCGGCCUUUUUUUCAGGAAGAAUUCGACAAACUCUACAACUACAGCCCGCCAACCGAUCAGCAAGGCGAAACGGUCCGUCGAAUCUUCGCGUUUUUCAGUCACUACUCCCGUCCCUUUACAUCAGCGCACAAUUUUGUGGAGACGGUGAUAAGUUUUGUCCCCAUCUUCGAGUGGUUACCGCAUUAUAAAUGGUCGCGGGAUCUGAUUGGAGAUCUGAUCGGAGGCUUAACGUUGGCCAUCAUUCACAUCCCUCAAGGUAAAAAAAAAUUCUGGUUAAAAAACGAAAAGAAUCGAUUUAUCUCCGAAUUUUCAGUCUGUCGGGAAAAUAAUGUGGAUUUGUCGCAGCGAAAUAUCUCGCUAUCAAAUGGCCAGCCGCUGCUAGCAAUCGUAGAGCGAUGAUGGACGAUUCCGAGACGCGACAAAUCCGCAUUAUUUUUCCGACAGGGUAGUGAAUUUGUCGAUGUAUCAGUCUGUCGGGAAAAUAAUGAUGACUCUGUCGUAUCAAAUGGCGUAAUAAUAUUCCAAGGCGCAACAAACCCACAUUAUUUUCCCACACUGAUAGUAUUAAAAAUCCACAUUAUUUUUCCGACAGACCAGUACUGUUUCAAUCCACAUUAUUUUCCCGACAGACUGAUAGUAUUUAAAAUCCACAUUAUUUUUCCGACAGACCAGUACUGUUUCAAUCCACAUUAUUUUCCCGACAGACUGAUAGUAUUUAAAAUCCACAUUAUUUUUCCGACAGACCAGUACUGUUUCAAUCUACAUUAUUUUCCCGACAGACUGAUAGUAUUUGAUCCACAUUAUUUUCCCGACAGGCUGAUAGUAUUUAGAAACCACAUUAUUUUCCCGACAGUCUGAUAGGGAAAGAGGGGCGACAAAUCCACAUUAUUUUCCCGACAGACAGGUAGUAUUAAAUCCAUAUUAUUUUCCCGACAGACUGAUAGCAUUUUUUAGGAAUUGCCUACUCCGUUCUGGCGGGUGUCCCUCCAAUUGUCGGCCUGUACAUAUCCUUCUUUCCCCCUUUGUUUUACAUGAUCUUCGGCACCUCCAGGCAUAAUUCGUUGGGCUCUUUCGCCGUGGUCGCUCUAAUGUCCCGAAUGGCGGUGGAAGAGUUGGCCACAUGGGACGCGGGCCCCGAUUUGCAGGGCUUAAAUUCAACAGGAUUGGGCGUGGAUAGUCAUAGUGGAUAUUCGAAUAUUGAAGUCACUUCCACGUUGUGUUUCACAAUCGGUUUGGUUAUGGUAGGUGGGGAAAUUUGAGGUUAGGGGAGCAGAAGUAAGUAGCUUUUAUAUGAGAAAAAACGUAUUAUAAAAUUAUUUUUUUUACAAAAUUUGAUGUCAAAAAAAAUUUCGAAAUUUUGCAUAGCAAAUGCUAAAAUUUUUAGAAAAUCUUAAUUUGAGUAUGUGAGGGUAAAUGUAAUUAUUUUAUAUAUAGAAAAGAACGUACUUUUAAAAUCAACCUUUUUGCAAAUUUCGAUGUCAAAAAAUUUUUUGAAAUUUUGCAUAGCAAAUGCUAAAAUUUUCGGAAAAUCUUAAUUUGAGGUUGGGAGAGCAAAAGUAAGUAGUUUCUAUAUGAGAAAAAACGUAUUUUAAAAUCAAUUUUUUUGCAAAUUUUGAUGUCAAAAAAUUUUUUGAAAUUUUGCAUAGCAAAUGCUAAAAUUUUCAAAAAACUUUAAUUUGAGUUUAGGAGGGCAGAAGUAAGUGUUUUAUUUAUUAGAAAGAACGUAUUUUAAAAUCAAUUUUUUUACAAAUUUCGAUGUCAAAAAAUUUUUUGAAAUUUUGCAUAGCAAAUGCUAAAAUUUUCAAAAAAUUUUGUUAGACCUGUUUUUAAAAAAUCUAUGUUUUUAUGAAAUUUUGAAAGGGCAAUUGGUAUAAGUCGCACAAAAAUUUCUAAGAAUUUUAGCUUGUGCUUUCCAAAGAAGUGAAUGUGUAACACUUGGAGAGCAGUAAAAAAAGUUUAAAAAAAAAAGUUUUUUGAAUGUAUAUCAGUCUGUCGGGAAAAUAAUGUGGAUUUUUCGUAACAAAAUUUCUCGUCUCAUUGAGUUGAUUAUCUAUAAAUCUUCAGCCGCGGCUAGCCGUCGCAAAGCAAAUGAUGGACGAAUCCACAUUAUUUUCCCGACAGACUGAUAUUUGCAAAUUUCGAACGGAAAAGCAUAUAUUUUUUGGUAAAAAUAUUUAUGUUUGCUUUUUGAAAAUCACUAAAUCACCUAAGAAAUUCACAAAUCCAACUUUUUUUGGAAUUUUCAAAUUGAAAAUUUCAGGCUUUGUUUGUGCUGUCUAAUACAAGUAUACCAAAAAAAAUAUUUUUCCGCUCAAAAUUCAAGAAGACACCGCAGAAAUCCGUUUUUCUACCGUCUCUCCUCAUUUCACAUAGUCUCUCAUCCGCAAAGACCAUAUCUCGGCCGUCAUUGCAUAGCAUGAGCUAAAAUUUUCAAGAAUCAUUGUCAACCUAUUGAAAAAUAUUUAUGCAAAAAUUUGCAAAAAUUGCUUGACUUUUUCUUCCCAAAUUCACCUUAUUUUAGAUAGUAAUGGCCUUUCUUCGCCUCGAAUUCGUUACUGCUUACUUCUCCGACGCCGUAGUUGGUGGGUUCUCGACGGGCGCCGCGUUCCACGUGUUUGUCAGCCAGUUGAAGGACUUCUUCGGCCUGGAGGACCUGCCUCGGCGAAUUGGCGCCGGGAAUUUGUUCUUCAAGCUCUACGAUAUUGUGCUCGCAAUUCCGGAGCAGCUCAAUCAGACGGUGAUGCUGAUCUCGCUGCUCGGAUUACUGUUUCUGGUGCUGGGAAAGCAUUAUGUGAAUCCGUGGUUCAAGAACACCUUGAAGAUCUCGGUACCGCCGCCGUUUGAGCUUGUGUUGGUAGGCGAUUUUUUGGAGAGUAUUUUUGACAGGAAAAACAGCGAUUUUCAUAAUUUCUGAGUCUAAAAUUUAUUUAAAAAAAUUUGCAUUUUUUGAAAUUUGCAUAAUUUUUUGAAAUUUGCAUAUUUUUUUGAAAUUUGCAUAAUUUUUUGAAAUUUGCAUAAUUUUUUGAAAUUUGCAUAAUUUUUUGUAAUUUGCAUAAUUUUUUGAAAUUUGCAUAGUUUUUUUAAAUUUGCAUAAUUUAAUUUUUUCAUAUUAUAAUUAUCAGUCUGUCGGGAAAAUAAUGAGCACUCUGUCGUGUCGAAAAUUGCAUCGAAAAAAUGAAUUGUCUCACGGUAAAAUCAAUUUUUUUCACUUUAGCGACGUGAGCAGCAAAAUUAUGCUCAUUAUUUUCCCGACAAACUGGUAAAUAUUUUGAGAUUUUGGAUUUUUCAAACGCAUUUUUUCAGUUGCUGUUUGUAACCGGCUUGUCAGCGUAUUGUCACUUCCAUUCAAGGCACAACGUCCCAAUUGUUGGCGAGUUGGCAACGGGGUAAUUUUUCUCCAUCCUUUACAGUAAUUACCGACUUAUUUCGGCGGCCCAAAAAGCCUUUUUUUCUUGUUUUCGCACGGUGCGGCCGUGCGACAAAGUGUGUUUUCGCGACAAACAAUCAGCACAGUGCGAAAUGAAGAACGCACUGUGCAGUUUCACCCCUUUUCCAAAAGCAUUCAUUUUGCACGGUGCGGGAUCGCAAUGCACCGUGAAUUUUGAUUGUCGCCGUUUGCGAAGCGGCGACAAGUUGUUUGCGAGACGCGCACAGUGCGAAAACAAAAGUUCACUUUGCACUGUGCAAACUUCAACGCAUUCAUUUCGCACGGUGCGGUCGGCAUUGCGAUGAGGUGUCGCGCGGGAAAAAAUCAGAACAGUGCGAAAAAUGAAGAACGCACUGUGCCGUUUCAUUCGCGCGACAUCAGCUUUUUCGCCCUUCCGUUUCGCACUGUGCGGCGAGAAAACGCCUUUCGCACUGUGCGGUGUCGCAUUGCACCGUGAAUUUCACUCGUCGCCGUUCGAAAAGUUGCGACCAGGUUUUUGUGAAAGCUGCACAGUGCAAUCGGCUUUUUGUGGUUUGCACUGUGCGAAAAGGUUCAAAAUGCACCGUGCAAAAAGAGAAAAAAGCUCUGUGUGAGAAAAAAAAGCUCGAGAAGUGUGGGAAAAGUUGUUUUCGCACUGUGCAUCGGAAAUGUCGCUGCGACAUAAGCGAGUUUCAACCGCGCCGCUGCGCUUUUGUUGAGAAAUUUGCACAGUGCAAACGACUCUUUUGAGGUUUGCACUGUGCGAAAAGAAAAAAUGCACUGUGCGUUGGCGACAAGCGUGGGAAAAGGUUCAAAAUGCACUGUGCGAAAACGAAAAAAGUCCAUGCACUUUAUGAAAAUACUAACAAUAGUAAAUCCUUCUAUUUCCAUGCAGAUUCCCCAUCCCAACGCUCCCAACCUUCUCCUUGGUCCCGCAUCUCAUCCCGCACGCCAUCACCAUCUCCAUUGUCGUCGCCGCCAUUCACAUUUCGUUGGCCAAAAUCUUUGGCAAACGAUACAACUACGAGACGGACCCGGGCCAGGAGCUGUACGCCCUCGGGUUCUCUUCGCUGUUCUCGCCCGUCUUCCCCAUGUACCCGGUGGCGUGUUCGCUGAGUCGGACGGCGGUCAGUGUGGAAGCGGGGACCAAGACUCAAGUAAGUGGAGAUCAGAUUUGUGCCAUGGAAUUUUUAGCUGUCCACAAUCUUUUCCAGCGUCAUCAUCGCCGCAGUCAUCCUGUAUUUCGGCCGAUUGUUGCGCACAUUGCCUAUGGUAAGUUGAAAAAUUGGUUUUUUUCGUUCGUCGGGAAAAUAAUGAACACAAUGUUUACAUAGUUUUUGAAAUUUGCAUAAAAUUUGCAUAAUUUAAAAAUUUCUCAAUUCUAGUGAAAAAAAAAUAUAUUUUUGAUGGUUAAAGUAGUCAUUUUCACAAUAUUGGAGCUUAUUUUUUUGAAAAAUUUGUAUAAUUUUUAAACUUUGCAUAAUUUCUAAAAUUUGCAUACUUUUCAAAAUUUGCAUAUUUUUUUUAAUUUGCAUAUUUUUUUUUAAUUUGCAUAAAAUUUGCGUACCUUCCGCAAAAUGCUUAAACAAAGUUUUUUAUGCAAAGAAUUACACAUUUGAAUAUCUAAAAGGCCCUAAAAAUUUUAGAUGUUCCCAUUUUUGCAUAAAAAUUUGCACAACAUAUAUUUUUCAUAUUAUAAUUUUCAGUCUGUCGGGAAAAUAAUGUCGAUGCGCCGAUCGCGUCACUGGAGUGAAAAACAAUUUGAUUUUCUCAAUUGAUUUUCUGAAUGAGGUGAUGCGAUUUUCGAUGCGGCAGAAUGCUCAUUAUAUUCCCGACAGACUGAAAAUAAAAAGAUGAAAAAAAUUAUGGCAAGGAUAAUUUUUUUGGAAUAACAAAAAUAGCAAAAAUAUAUAAAAUUUUUACUUUUCUAAACGCUCUAAAACCUAUCCCAUUUCAGUGCAUUCUCUCGGUUGUGAUCAUGGUAGCCCUGACCAAUAUGAUGAAAAAAGUGGGAGAGUUGAAACGCCUCUGGCCUCUGUCCAAGACCGACUUCUUCAUUUGGCUGGUCAGUUUUUCGGCCACAAUCGGCUAUGACGUCACGGAGGGGCUGGCGAUCUCGAUUGGGUUUGCGUUGAUGACCACAGUGUUCCGAACGCAAUGGCCUCGUUGGCAUUACUUGGCCAACUUGAAAGGGACGAACGACUUCCGGGAUGCGGAGAGAUAUACAAGCGUGGUGGAGGUUAAUGUGAGUCUGGGAACAUAAUCAUACGUACAUGUAUGGCUCGAAACUUACAAAUCUUUGGAUGUCCAUAAAUGCGUCAUGAUGACAUUGGUUUAAAAACGUGGUAGAUUUAUAAACAAAUCCUAUAUAUGGAUGGGCGCAAGCUGUAGAGCAAGCCAUGAAAUUUCGGGAAAUAUCAAGGUCCUCGGGAAAAAAUCCAGAAAAUCCGUCAUCCAAAUUGUGGAUUUCAAAAGAUUUGAAGUCAAAUUUUUUUUUGUGGAUACUCUAGAGUACUCCUAGUCAUAUAGAGCCUUUUUUCAUUCCACUACCGCAUUUUAAACGGGUGUCAUCGUGACACAUUUUUUGUGGAUUGCAAAAAUUUUGAAGUAAUUUUUUGUGGGUACUCUAGGAACUACUCUUAGCUUUAUACAGCUGUUUUUUAUACCACUGACACAUUUUGAACAGAUGUCAUCGUGACACAUUUUCUGGAAACCUUCAAAAAUCGGGGUUUUUAUUUAUCACUGUCCUGAGAUAUCUACUCGCGAUACUUUAGGAAGCACCCCAAGCCAUAUAUAUCCGAUUUUUAUACCACUACCACAUUUUACACGGGUGUCAUCGUGACACAUUUUCUGGACAUCUUCAAAAAUCGGGGUUUUUAUUUAUCAUUGUCCCCAGCCAUCUAUUCACGGUACUCCAGGAAGUACCCUAAGCCAUAUACAGCAAUUUUUUAUACCAUUACCACAUUUUAAACGAGUGUCAUCGUGACACAUUUUCUGGACAUCUUCAAAAAUCGGGGUUUUUAUUUUAUCGCUGUCCCGAGCCACAUAUACGCUUCGACUUUUGCAGGGAAUCUGCGUCUUCCGUUUCGACGCUCCCUUGCUUUUCACGAACGUCGAAAGCUUCAAGGAAUCGAUUCAUUUGGCGGCCCUCCGAUGGAAGGAAGACAAUCCUCACGUUCUCGGCCCCGAGGACCUCAAAGUCGAAAUUCCGGACCCGGAAGACACGCUGCAUCGACUGAACAACAUGGUCUUGACGCAUAGUGUCCCACCGCAACUGCCCAUCAAGAUCGGGAAGGGGACCAGCGGCCUGGCUUAUCGGCAUUUUAUUGUCGACUGCUCGGGAUUCACGUUCGUGGACACGAUGGGAGUCAACGCGCUGAAAGAGGUGAGAAAAUUGAAAUAAAAAAAAAACUAUAGACACGAUCUCAGUCUGUCGGGAAAAUAAUGUGGAUUUGUCUCACCUUAGAAUUUUAUUACGACUUUUGAUGCGACAGAGUACUCAUUAUUUUCCCGACAGACUGAUACAGCGACAAAUUCACUAACCUGUCGGGAAAAUAAUGUGGAUUUGUCGCGCCUCGGAAUCGUCCGUCAUCGCUGUCGCUAGCCGCGGCUUCGAUGCGACAAACCACAUUAUUUACCCGACAAACUGAUACAGCGACAAAUUCAGACGCCUGUCGGGAAAACAAUAUGGAUUUGUCGCUCCUCGGAAUCGGCCAAAAUCUGAGUGCGACAAGUCCACAUAAUUUUCCCGACAGACGAAUAAUAUAACAUCAGAUGUCGGAAAAGUAAUGUGGAUUUGUCGCAGCAAAAGUUCUUGCCGCGGCAGUGCGCCAAAUCCUCAGUCACAGCUAUUUUCCCGACAGAGUGAUAGUUUCUUAAUCCACAUUAUUUUCCCGACAGUCUGGUAGUAUUACAAUCCACAUUAUUUUCCCGACAGUCUGGUAGUAAUUACAAUCCACAUUAUUUUCCCGACAGGCUGAUAGUAUUACAAUCCACAUUAUUUUCCCGACAGACUGAUAGUAUUACAAUCCACAUUAUUUUCCCGACAGACUGAUAGUAUUACAAUCCACAUUAUUUUCCCGACAGACUGAUAGUAUUACAAUCCACAUUAUUUUCCCGACAGACUGACGGUUCCCGUGAAGACGCCGACAAGUUUCAUCAGGCUGUCGGGAAAAUAAUGUGCACAAUGUCGCUGCUCCGAUCUUGUCGCUGCGGCGAAAUGCAACUUGAUUUUGUCGCGAUACAAUUCAUUUUCUCGGCUAUUUUCGAUGCAACAGAGUGCUCAUUAUUUCCCCGACAGACGCGAAGACUUUCGAAACAAACCUACCGACUUUUCAGAUCUUCAACGAGCUCCGCUCCCACAUGGUGCUCGUCUAUUUCGCGGCCGCCAAAGCGCCGGUCCGCGAGCUGUUCCAGAAGUGCGGCUUCUACGCCUACGUCCCCAAAUCCAACUUUUACCCCACGAUCAGGGAUGCGGUCGCGAUCGCCAAACUCCGCCGCGACGCCUCGACACUGCACUUGUUGGAGGAGCUGUCGCUGCCCUACGAUCCACUCGACGAACAGCUGAACAUUCACGCUGUCUCAUGA